AUGAGGGACUUGUUGGCUAAUGACACUGCCGGGCAUCACGCGUAUGACUUGGAGAAUAUCGAAAUUCAUACGUUCCACUGUGCCGUUCCGCCAUGGACAAUAGGCCAAUUUGAGAUCGUGGUGCACCUUAAACCUGUGCGCCAACGCCUUCACUCGUCAACUGCUGCGGGUCAGAAAGCUUCGGACUUCAACAAGCAUGUGUAUGAACACUGGCACGAGAACAAGACCACCACCAAUCAUGGCAGCCGCUCGCCCGUCGCGAUCGCCUCGCGAUGGAAAAAGCUAUGUCCCAUGUUGACAAGUUUCAACAGCAAUAUUAUUCAAGCACUCAAGGCCAUCCCAUCAGGCUGGAAUGAAGACGGCGUGAUUGACAACGAAUUAUACGCCAUUCCCGAUGUCAAACUCCAUGGCAUCAAGCGCACGAUAGUCUUGGCGUACUGGCGUAUCGUGUGCGAUGCUCCAAAAUGGCGGGUCGAAGACGUGUCCCGGGGAUAA